UUCUGAUGAACCAUUUGACGGUGACGGACACGUUUUGGAUUGCGUGCUCGUUAUUUGUAUAUUUUUGAAAGUGUUACCGACUUUGAUUGUGCAUUGACUCUGAUGUGUGUCCGCGGUUGGGCUCGACUUGUUCGUUCUGACCAGUUCUGACGCGCGUUAUUGCGAUGUGACGACGUCGUAGACGUAGACGCCCAGUGUCCGUUCGGGCUACAUUUUCGUGGGCAUUACAUCACUCGGUUUGUUUUCAUUUUUAUACGAUAUUCAUUAAAGACGUGAUCUGGCCGUAACGAUCUCCUUUAUUAUUUAUUUGGAGACGGGAGCCAUUAAUUAAAGAAGAGGAAGGGGCCAUUUUACUAAGACUAAGAUUAAUUCCCUAUUCCUUCUAUUGUGGCUGCAUCCUUAUUCUCUGUUCCUUUUAUUCUGCACAGUCCCUUACAAUUCCUAGAUUUUUGUUUAUGACGCUAUAAAAAAAAUGGCACCUACCAUCCAAACCAACAGUAAUCAAGCUGAUCGGGAUAAACGCGUGGUCAGACCAGCGGAGAAGCGAUCUGAGCUCAUAUGCAGAGUGAAAUAUUGCAACACGCUGCCAGAUAUCCCAUUUGAUCCAAAAUUUAUAGCUUAUCCCUUUGAACCAACCAGGUUUAUUCAAUAUAAUCCAACCUCAUUAGAGCGUAAUUACAAGUAUGAAGUAUUAACAGAACAUGAUUUAGGUGUAGAAAUUGAUUUAAUAAAUAAGGAUACGUAUGCGGGAGAUCCAAACAUUCAAUUAGAUCCAGCUGAUGAAAAGCUGUUGGAGGAAGAUGUUCUCACACCUCAAGAUUCUAAACGUUCUCGGCAUCAUGCCAGGAGUGUAUCAUGGUUGAGACGCACGGAAUAUAUCUCUACGGAAAGCACGAGAUUCCAGCCGCAAACAGCAGACAAGGUUGAAGCCAAAGUUGGCUACAGUAUCAAGAAGAAUUUCAAGGAGGAAACUCUGUAUAUGGACCGUGAGAGUCAGAUAAAAGCUAUAGAAAAGACAUUCGAAGACAAUAAAAAGCCAAUUGAAAGACACUACAGUAAACCGAACGUAGUACCUAUAGAAAUAUUGCCAAUAUAUCCAGAUUUUAAGUUAUGGAAAUAUCCAUGUGCGCAAGUCAUAUUUGAUUCUGAUCCUGCACCAACUGGUCGAUCUGUACCCGCACAAAUUGAAGAAAUGUCACAAGCCAUGAUAAGAGGUGUGAUGGAUGAGAGUGGUGAGCAGUUUGUAGCUUACUUUUUGCCAUUGGAAGAAACUUUGGAGAAACGCCGACGAGACUUUACUGCUAGUAUCAGUUACGCCGAUGAAGAGGAGUAUGAAUAUAAAAUGGCGAGAGAAUACAAUUGGAACGUCAAAAGCAAAGCUUCCAAAGGAUACGAGGAGAAUUACUUCCUUGUGAUAAGACAAGACGGGGUUUAUUACAAUGAAUUGGAGACGCGUGUACGACUGAGCAAACGACGUCAGAAAGUCGGACAGCAGCCAAACAAUACGCGUCUGAUAGUGCGUCACCGACCGCUAAACGCCAAUGAAUUCAGAAUGCAAAGAUAUCGAGAAAAACAAUUGGAGCCACCGGGAGAGGAGGAUGAGGAUGAAGAGGAGGAAGAGGAGGAACAGGAAACUCAACAGGAGAAGACAGAUAUGGUAGCUAAAGAGAACGAGGAAGGAUCGCGUGCGUCGUCAAGAGCAUCCUCGCGAGCGUCCAGUAGAAAGUCGCGAUCUCGUUCCAAGUCUGGUUCGAAAUCGAGGUCAAGGUCAAGAUCAAAAUCGAGAUCGCGAUCACGUUCGCGUUCGCAGUCGAGAUCACAUUCACCAUCAAAAUCUAGAUCGCCAUCUCGAUCGCGCUCGCGUUCUCAGUCACGUUCGCCAUCUAAAUCACGUAGUAAAUCACGAUCACGAUCUCGAUCCGGUAGUCCUCAAUCGAGAAACACAUCAAGAUCCAAAUCGAGAUCGCGCUCAGGAACGCCUGCGAAAUCACCAUCAGGAUCUUGGUCGACCUCGUGGUCCUUGUCGCCAUCAAGAUCAAAAUCUGGUACUGGCAGCGGUUCCGCUAGUGCGACGGGCGAAAGUGGCUCCGAUAGUGAAUAAAUCUAGGCGCGUGAUCGAGAAUACUAAUGUAAUUAAUUCAUUUCCACUUGAAUCAUUAAUUCAACUAAUGUUUGUUUAUACAUCGGUAUUUUUAAAUGUAACAGUUUUGCCGAAUAUCAGAAUAAAAUCAUACAGAACAAAUAAAAGAAAUUUUUUUUAAUGUUUGUAA